UACCCUAAAUAAAAGAAAAAAAAAAAGAAAAAAAAAAGUGAAGGAAGGAGUAGUAUCGUGGUGGAGGAGGACUCAUCGAUCCCGAUCGAAGCGUAAACAAGUCCAUACUAAUUUAAAACUGAAUCAUUAUUACUGACAAACCAAACUCGGUUGCUCCGCCGCGCCGAGAAAACAAUGACUCUAUUCCGAUCGAUUUUGGCGGUUACUCUAUUCCUCACUUUCUUCAUCACUCUCUCACCAGCUUUCCAAUCCGACGAGCUUCUCCUCGACGACGAAGAAUUCGGUCUCGAAGGUGGACGCCCCCAAUCCCGUCCAUCACCUAACAUCGCCACCACCACCACAACACCAACUCGUAAGAGGAUUCCUGACUCUGCUUCCGAUUCCAAGAUCCAGUUCACACUCGAACACGCUUUCGGUGACUCUGAUUUCUCCGAAGCCGGUAACUUCUCCGCUCGUCUCAAAACUUGGAGCCACGGCGCUCAGACACUGACGAAGCUGCGGUUUUCGCGAGAUGCUUUUACUGCUGUUGAGAAGAAUAAAUUUCAAGAGCUGUUGAAAGGAGAUGAUUUCUAUAGGAUUAGACUUCCAUCCAAUGUUUUGAGUCCUCCCGGCAGGGAAUAUAUCGUUUCUUCGGUGAAAGCUAGAUGUCUUGCAGGGGAUGGUUUGGAAGAACACUUUGUAAUACACACGGAAGGUGUUAACAUCUUGGCUGUCAAUUACGGUGCUCCUGGGGCUUGCCCUUAUCCCCGGCAACUGAAGCUUCCUGCAAAGUGGUCUUUCAAGUCACACACUCUUUUGAAGAACACUGAACAGGCACCAAGGACGCCAAUAUUUACCGAAGAGGUGCUUGGCGGAGAGGGGAUAGAAGGGGAACUUAUAAAGCCACCAGAAAGAUCCUUUUGGGCUAAAUACUGGAUGUAUGUGAUUCCUCUAGGACUCAUUGUAAUGAAUGCCGUUACCCAAGCGAUGAAUAUGCCCGAGGAACAGGCUGGUGGGCAAGGUGGGGCACCACAGCAGCCAGGAACUGCAGUCCAGAGGGGAACAAAUCCUGGUGUGCGUAGAAGAUGAUAGUUUGGUUUCGUCUACCAAAGAAAACAUUAUUUAGAGACAUUGAUAAUGAAUGAAGUUUUAGAUUUUGACCUUUUAUGUAACAUUUCAAAAUAAUUUAGUUACGUGUAUCAACUCUGUAAUUGUGAACUUUGGAACAGUGAGGGUCAAGUUUUCCAGUUAGAUUGAGUAAUUAAUGUCAUUCAAGUUUUACCACGAAAAUCGAGUUUGGUUUCCUCUUUGUUCUGGGGAUAUGUUAAUUUGAUGUGAAGAAAUAUUAAGUAGUUUUAGAAUGUAUGAAAUUUUAUAGAUUUGGUUUAUUAAA